AAAUGAAUCGGAAAGUUGUGGACUGUUUUAGAAGGGCCAGGUUAUAUUCUUUCUUCUUCUUUUGUUUUUUGUUAAUUAUUUUUAUUGAUGGUGAGGUUAGUACCUAUUGUUGCGUAUUAACUUUUUUGCAUGUUCUUUGUGUCCUCUAAAUUACUUCUUUUUGAAAACCUUUUCCUAUACUUGCAAAUUCUCAAUUUUGCUUCUCAUGACUCUGUAAAUUUUUAAUAUUUUUUCGUUGUUCAUGGUCAAUCAAAGACUCACAACUUUGGUAUGAAUUAUGGCAUUUCUUGCCCAAUCUAGUUUUUUUACUCGCUUUCUUUGAGGCAUUUACUUUUAAAGUUGAGGCAUUUACGUUUUCAGAGAUCACUCUUCUGUAGUGUUUACUUUUUGCCUUCCUAAUAAAUAUGUGAUUGUGGUUUAUAUUGAGCGCAUUUACAUUGCCAGAAACAUGUUGUUACUUCUUUUCUCUGGUUCUUAUUCAGAUAAUUCUGAUUGUUAACUGGAUAAUUUCUUACAUUUUCAUUCAAUUAUGUUCUGUUGACAAUGCUUUGAGCUUUCGCGAUAUACCAUUUCUCAUAAGUAUGACUAUGUUUCAUGAUCUUGUUAUUACGAUCUCAGAAUUAGACACUGAAUGUGUGUCCAGCUUAGAAGAUCAGUGAGUAUUCAAAGAAGAAUGUUUGUUUCAUCAUGUUUUUAGAUGAACAAACACUGUUGAAACUGUCAACAAAGGGGAAUGUUCCUGAUGAGAGAGUAUGUAUUGGGUUAUGGAGAAUAGUUAUUGUGAGAAACCUACCCUACAAGGAUAUGCGCAAAACUAGAAAGGUGCUAAAAUUUCUAUCACAUCGUCUCUUCCCUUCUUCUAGGUGAUUCUCACACCAAAUUUUGUAGAUGACUGGGUUAUAGACCUUAUUUGCUUUCUUCGUUAACCAACACCAAGAUUUCUACUUAACAUAUUUUCUUAUUCUGUGGUGAUUUCUUAGGUAUUCUAUUUGGCUUGAUAGCAAGAUGUGACUUCAGACUGAUCCGAUGCUAAUCAUUAAAUUCUUUUUGUAGCGAACUGGAUCAGAGUAUGUUAUUUCAAAUCAUUAUACUCGCCACUGUGUUUGGGAGGAGGUACACCAGAAUAAGCGUCUAAAUAAAUACAACCACAUGGCCAUUGAUGAACAGUUCAACUUUUACCAGUCUGAUGGUCUCACCAAGUUUGACCCUUCAGACCUAAAUACUCCUCUUCCAAGUUAUGUACCUGAAGGUUCAUUUAUUGUUAGGGCCCAUACACCAAUGUCAAAUUUAUUUUCAUGCCUUUGGUUUAAUGAAGUUAACCGUUUUACAUCAUGUGAUCAACUGAGCUUUGCUUAUACUUUCUUGAAGUUGAAGAGAUUGAAUCCAAUUGCCUCUGAAGACAUUGAUUCUCUAACUUUUGGAGCUCCUAGGUUUCUUCGCCAUUUAAUGGAUCCAAGCUCAAAAAAAGUCCCAGUGAUGGAAUUUGAAGUUUCGAAGGUGCAUAAGAACAUUGAACUCAGUUGUGGCUGCUCAAUAUUUUGAAUUAGUAUUUCCACAAUUGAUCUUGUUUUCCAAGUUUUGGAGGAGCUAAAUCUUACCAUGGAUCAAUUCAUCGACUUGUGCAUUCUUUCUGGGUGUGAUUAUUGUGAUAGCAUUCGGGGUAAUAUAAUUUCUUACUGACUUCAUUAUUGUGAAGAAUAUUACAGCUUUCUGUCUGUUAAGUUAGUAAUUGAUAGAAGCAUCAUGUGAUGCAUGUUUGUUUUAUUAGUUUUGAAAGUUAAAUUAAACUUUUCCUAAAAGAAAAAAGCAACUAAAUGUCAAUUUAUGUUGGGAUACAACUUGUGAUCAAUGCAUUAUUCCUUCCAUUACCACAUUUUGGGCUAUUAGUA